AUGCUGAUUAUUUUGUUGUUUCAGGAGGACAAAAAAUGUUUCAUAUGUGACUCCGAGGAUCCUUUCCACGAUACUCUCAAUCCUGACAGUCAUCGCAUUGAAAAUGUUGUCACCACGUUUGCUCCCAAUCGCCUGAAGCUCUGGUGGCAGUCAGAAAAUGGUUUGGAAAACGUGACUAUCCAGCUGAACCUGGAGGCCGAGUUUCAUUUCACUCAUCUCAUUAUGACCUUCAAGACAUUCCGUCCUGCUGCAAUGUUGAUAGAAAGAUCAUCUGAUUUUGGAAAAACAUGGCAAGUGUAUAGGUAUUUUGCAUAUGACUGUGAGAGCUCAUUUCCUGGGAUUUCAACUGGACCCAUGAAGAAAGUGGAUGAUAUCAUUUGUGAUUCCCGAUACUCCGACAUUGAACCUUCAACGGAGGGAGAGGUAAUAUAUCGUGUUUUAGAUCCUGCUUUUCGAAUUGAAGAUCCAUACAGUCCAAGGAUUCAAAACCUAUUAAAGAUCACAAAUCUGAGAGUCAAGUUCAUCAAGCUGCACACGCUGGGAGAUAAUCUCUUGGACUCGAGGAUGGAGAUCAGGGAGAAGUACUACUACGCCAUUUACGACAUGGUGGUUCGCGGGAACUGUUUCUGCUAUGGACACGCCAGCGAGUGUGCGCCAGUGGAUGGCUUUAAUGAAGAAGUGGAAGGAAUGGUCCAUGGGCACUGCAUGUGCAGACAUAAUACCAAAGGAUUAAACUGUGAGCAGUGUUUGGAUUUCUACCAUGACUUGCCCUGGCGACCCGCUGAAGGCCGCAAUAGUAACGCAUGCAAAAAGUGCAACUGCAACGGCCACUCCAGCCAGUGCCACUUUGACAUGGCUGUGUACAUGACGACGGGGAAUACCAGCGGGGGAGUGUGUGACGACUGCCAGCACAACACCGUAGGACGCAACUGCGAGCAGUGCAAGCCCUUCUACUUCCAGCACCCAGAGAGAGAUCUGCGGGACCCUGACGUCUGUGAGCCUUGCAACUGUGACCCAGCUGGCUCCCAAAAUGGUGGCAUCUGCGAUCGCUACACUGAUUUCUCCACUGGCCUCAUUGCCGGACAAUGCCGUUGUAAAUUAUUUGUUGAAGGGGAGCGUUGUGACCUCUGCAAAGAAGGUUUCUAUGGACUGAGUGCCGAUGACCCAGCGGGUUGUCAGCCUUGUGCGUGUAAUCCUCUGGGUACCCAUCCCGGGGGGAAUCCUUGUGAUUCAGAGACAGGAAACUGCUAUUGUAAGCGCCUGGUGACAGGAAAGCAGUGCAAUCACUGCCUGCCUGAGCACUGGGGCCUGAGCAAUGACAUGGAUGGAUGUCGGCCAUGCGACUGCGACCAGGGAGGAGCGUUGAACAACAAUUGCUCGAGUGAAUCUGGCCAAUGUGAAUGCCGGCCCCACAUGUUUGGACGCCAGUGCAACCAGGUGGAGCCUGGCUAUUACUUCAUUUCGCUCGAUCAUUACAUCUACGAGGCGGAGGAAGCCAGCUUGGGCCCUGGAGUAAACAUAAUAGAGCGCCAGUACACACCGGACCGCACGCCGUCGUGGACAGGCAUAGGAUUUGUAAGGGUCCCUGAGGGGGCGUACCUGGAAUUCUACAUUGACAACAUCCCCUACUCCAUGGAGUACGACAUUCUGAUCCGCUACGAGCCACAGUUGCCGGAUCAGUGGGAAAAAGCUGUGAUCAGCGUUUCACGCCCAGGCAAGAUUCCCACGGGUAGCCGGUGUGGCAAUACAGUUCCUGAUGAUGAUAAUCAGGUCGUCUCACUGUCACCCGGCUCCAGAUACGUUGUUCUCCCACGGCCCGUCUGCUUCGAGAAGGGGCUGAACUACACCAUCCGCCUGGAGCUGCCCCAGUACUCCUCGGUGGAUACGGAGACGGAGAGCCCGUACACGCUCAUUGACUCUCUUGUUCUCAUGCCAUACUGCAAAUCGCUGGACAUAUUCACAGUGGGAGGCUCAGGUGAAGACGUGGUCACGAACAGCGCUUGGGAAACUUUCCAAAGAUACCGGUGUCUGGAAAACAGCAGGAGUGUUGUGAAAACCCCCAUGACAGAUGUCUGCAAGAACAUCAUAUUCAGCAUUUCUGCCCUAUUACACGAGACCGCGUUAUCCUGCCAGUGCGACCCCCAGGGCUCCCUGAGUUCGGUGUGUGACCCCAGCGGAGGACAGUGCCAGUGUCGUCCCAACGUCAUCGGAAGACAAUGCGACAGAUGUGCCCCUGGCACUUUUGGGUUUGGCCCGAGCGGAUGCCGACCAUGCGAGUGCCACGUCCGAGGCUCCUACAAUGCCUUCUGCGAUGCAGAGACGGGCCAGUGCCGCUGCUUCCCCGGGGUGUAUGGGCGGCAAUGCGACCGCUGCCUGCCCGGCUUCUGGGGCUUCCCUAGCUGCCAGCCCUGCCACUGCAACGGCCACGCCGACGACUGCAGCCCCUACACCGGGGAGUGCCUGAGCUGCCGGGACCACACGGAGGGGCACAACUGCGAGAGGUGCCAGGCUGGCUACUAUGGAGACCCUGUCCUGGGAUCAGGCGACCACUGCCGUCCCUGCCCUUGCCCUGAUGGCCCCGAGAGCGGACGCCAGUUUGCCAACGGCUGUUACCAGGAUCCAGUCACACUGCAAGUCGUGUGUGUCUGUAGCACGGGAUACAUAGGCAGUCGAUGUGAUGAAUGUGCGUCUGGCUUCUUUGGGAGCCCCGACGAGGUUGGCGGCGCCUGCCAGCCGUGCCAGUGCAACAACAACAUCGACACCACUGACCCGGAGGCCUGCGACAAGAAGACGGGAACGUGCACGAAGUGCCUGUAUCACACGGAGGGGGAAAACUGCCACCUCUGCAAACAGGGCUACUAUGGGAGCGCCCUGCAGCAGGACUGCAGAAUGUCCCUGCAGAUGAGGCUGGUCCCUGCAGAUGGGGCUGGCCAGCAGAAGCAAGUCCUGCCUGGGGUCGAGGGCCACGCCAGAGAGCUGGACUGGGUGGUGGGGAGGCAGACCCUCCUCUCCCUCAGCGCUGGGCACAGCCUGGCAGGGCGGAUGGGUUGCUGGUUCACGGGGCAGUGCCAGUGCAUGCGGGGCUUCGGAGGCCGGACCUGCCGGGAGUGCCAGGAGCUCUUCUGGGGCGACCCAAGCGUGGAGUGCCAAGCUUGUGAUUGCAACCCUCGUGGCAUCCAGACCCCGCAAUGCGACCGCGCCACCGGGAAGUGCAUCUGCAACGAAGGGGUGGAAGGGCUGCGCUGCGACAAGUGCUCCCGGGGCUACUCGGGCUUCUUCCCCGACUGUGUGCCAUGCCACCAGUGCUUCGCCCUCUGGGACGUGAUCAUCAGUGAGCUGGCUAACAGGACCCAGCAGUUCCUGGAUAGGGCUAAUGCACUCAAAAUCACUGGAGUAACUGGCCCAUACCAGCAGACGCUCAACACCCUGGAGGAGAAACUCGGUGAAAUUAAAACCAUUAUUGCUCAAAAUCCAGCUGCUGAGCCCCUGAAGAACAUUGGGAAUCUCUUUGAGGAGGCAGAGAAGCUGACAGCAGAUGUUACAGUUAAGAUAGCCGACAUAGAAGAAAACCUGUCAGCCUUAGCAGUGAAGAGCAAUAGCACAGACACGGACCUGAGCAUGCUGGAGGCAGAUGCCAAAAGCCUAGACCAUGUCGUGAAAGAACUUGCAGAACAGCUAGAGUUCAUCAAGAUCUCCGAUGUUCGGGGAGCCUUGGAUAGCAUCACCAAGUAUUUCCAGAUGUCCCUGGAGGCGGAGGAGAGGGUCAAUGCCUCCACUGUUGACCCCGAUAGCGCCAUGGAGCUGUCAGCACAAACGCGGCAGGAAGUGGAAGGCUUAAUCAAUGAGAAGGAGGCCCAGUUCAAGGCUAAACAAGAGGAGCAGUCGCGCCUUCUGGAUGAACUUGCAGGCAAGCUGCAGAGCCUGGAUCUUUCCGAAGUGGCUGAGAAGACGUGUGGCACUCCCGCCGGAGCCUCUUGCGCCGAGUCCGAGUGUGGAGGUUUAAACUGUCGAACCGACGAUGGAAAGAAGAAGUGCGGAGGACCAGGCUGUGACGGGCUGGUGACCGUAGCUCACAACGCCUGGCAGAAAGCCAUGGAUUUUGACAGAGACAUCCUCAGUGCAUUAGCAGAAGUUGAGCAACUCUCCAGAAUGGUUUCUGAGGCAAAACAGAGAGCUGAUGAAGCGAAACAAAAUGCACAAGAAGUUUUGCUGAAAACCAAUGCUACAAAAGAACAAGUGGACAGAAGCAAUGAAGAUCUAAGAAAUCUUAUUAAACAGAUUAGAGACUUCCUAAUGCAAGACAGCGCUGACCUGGAUAGCAUCGAGGCAGUGGCUAAUGAAGUGCUGAACAUGGAGAUGCCAAGCACUCCCCAGCAGCUGCAAGCCCUGACAGAAGAUAUUCGUGAGCGUAUAGGAAGCCUUUCUGAUGUUGAGGUCAUUCUGCAGCAGAGCGCUGGAGACAUUGCCAGAGCAGAAAUGCUACUGGAGGAAGCUAAAAAAGCAAGCAAAGGUGCAACAGAUGUUAAAGUCACUGCAGACAUGGUGAAAGCAGCACUGGAAGAAGCUGAAAAAGCUCAAAAUGCAGCUGAAAAAGCCAUCAAACAAGCUGAUGAAGACAUUAAAGGAACUCAAGACCUGCUGACCUCAAUUGAAUCUGAAAAUGCAGCAUCUGAAGAAACACUGAGCAAUGCUACCUUACGUCUGUUUGAGCUUGAGAAGAGUGUUGAAGAUCUCAAGCAAAAGGCUGCUACAAAUUCAGAGAAUGUGGACAAUAUAGAAGAAAAAAUUGUUACUGCAAAACAAAAUGCUGAAGAAGUUAAAAAGGUCCUCAAUACCGAGCUGAACGACAAGUAUAGAAUAGUGGAAGAUCUGAUGGCCAAGAAGACAGAAGAGUCAGCUGAUGCUAGGAGGAAAGCCGGCAUGUUGCAAGAUGAAGCUAAAGCCUUGCUGGCUCAAGCAAACAGCAAACUCCAGCUGCUCAAAGACUUGGAAAAUACAUAUGAAAACAAUCAAAGAGUUCUAGAAGAUAAAGCCAAGCAGUUGGUGGAGCUGGAAGAGACAGUUCGCUCCCUCUUACAGACUAUCAGCCAGAAGGUUGCUGUUUAUAGCACUUGCUUAUAAAUGGGAACAGGAAAUGCUUGUGUUCAGGAUGGAUUUUACGAGUAUUACACUAGUUCUUUUUGACAUUACACUAAGAGUUGAUAAAGCAAACAGGUUUUAUAUCGACUUUCAAGUCACGGAACCAAAGACAA